AUGGCUUCGGCUAAUAAAGGAUUUUCAUUUCAAAAAUCACUUGAAAUAAAAACAAAAUCAAUUGAAACAACACUUGUACCACUUGUAACACAAAUUUCAACAUUGGUUAAUUUUAAAGAUAAACCUCGAUGUUCAUCAACAACUAAUGAAAAAACUCUUAAUGCUAUCAAUCGUGUUGGUGAAGCAGUACAUAUGGCUGUUGAACGUUUUGUUUCAGUUGGAGAAUCAAUUGGUAAUGAAAAUCCUGAAAUAAAAUCUGAUUUAAUCGAUACAUGUCGUGAAGCUCGAAUAGCUGGUGAAGCAAUCAAACGAAUAACUUGUAUAGAAAGUGAUAUAUUAGGUAAACCAAUUUGUAUAACUGAUCGACAAAGUAUGGUGCAAGCAGCUCGAGGUUUAUUAACUGCAGUAACACGUGUUUUACUUCUUGCCGAUAUAGUUAUUGUUAAACAAAUUAUUUCUGUUAAGAAAAAAGUAAUGUCAACAUUAAAUCGUCUUGAAGGUGUUACAUCUUUUUCUGAAUUUGUUAAAUUAUUUGGAAUUUAUGGUACACAAAUGAUUGAUUUAGCACAUCUUACUGGCGAUCGACAAAAUGAUCUAAAAGAUGAACGUCGACGUUCUCAACUUUCAGCAUCACGAACUAUUUUAGAAAAAUCUACAAUGUUGAUAUUAACAUCAUCUAAAGCAUAUCUUCGUCAUAAUGAAUGUUUACAUGCUCGUAAAUGUCGUGAUCUUGUUUAUAGUCAAGUUCGUCGUGCUCUUGAUAUGGUACAAUUAAUUGUUUAUGAUUCAGGCUCAACAACAUUAAAUAAUACUUCAACACUUACACUUCUUCUUGCUAAAAAUGAAAUUAAUUUUAUUAAAUCAUUAAGACAAUUUGAAUAUGCUAUUGAAAUGUUAAAUGUUUCCUCAACAUCAACAACAAAAGAACAACUUGAACAAUUAUGUAAUACAACAAUUGAUAAUAGUCAAGAUUUUACUGAUUCAAUUUAUAUAAGUAUUGAACAACGUGAAAAAGUCCUUGAAUAUCAUAAAAAAUUACAAGAUCAACUUGCAGAAAUUAUUAAACUUAUAUCAGAUAAACAAAAUGAUGCAUUUCUAUCAGCUAUUCAAACAAUUCAACAAGUUGCACGAGAAUUUCGACAACAACUUGAACAAAUGGCAAUGUUUCGUGCAUCGGAAUUUUUUCGAACACAUGAUGAAAGUGUUUUACUUAAUGAAUUAAAAACAUAUUCAUUAACAAAUAGAAUUGAUUUAUUACAAGACUCUAUUGAUCAAUUUCGUGAACAAGCAGAUAUUGCUAUUGAGUUAAGCAAACUUUUAAGACAUAUUAGUUCAUGUGAUCAAUUACAAGUAUCAAGUGAAUAUCAUGAUAUGGUCUUUCAGAAUUUAUCUAACAUGAUAAUAUCAUCAUCAGAAUCACUUGCAGCACAUUCAAAUAGUCGAGUAGCAAAAGAAAAUUUAGAUGUACUAUGUCGUUUUUGGGAACAACAAAUCAAUGAUUUUUCAAUUCUUGUUAAAGAAAUUCAAGAUGUUAUGGAAGGUCGUCGAGAAAAAACUGUUUAUUUAUCAUUACCAAGACCUGGAAAACAUGGAACAACGCCAAAAGUUGGUUUUAAACCAACAAAACUUGAUGCUGAAGAACAAGCUAAAGUAGCUAAAGCUGGACUUGAAAUGAAAUUAAUUACAUCAGAAAUGGAUGCUGAAGCUGAAAAAUGGGAUGAACCACAAAAUGAAAUAGCUAAACGUGCAAAAAAUAUGUCAUCAAUGGCAUUUUCAAUGUAUUUAUUUACACGAGGCGAAGGAACAUUACGUACAACUCAAGAUUUAUUUACACAAGCUUAUUAUUUUGUUGAAGAAGGAACUCGUUUAUCAACUAUUGUUCGAGAAUUUGCCACUCAAAUACCAAAUAAAACUUCACGACAAGAAAUUUUAAUACAAUUAGAGCAAAUUCCACUGAUGUGUCAUCAAUUAAAAUUAAAAUUAAAAACUCCAGCUUUAGGAAAAAGUUCAACAUUUUCAAAAGUUGAUGCUGUUAUAUGUGAAACAAGAGAUUUAAUGCAUGCUAUUACUCGUUUAUGUACUAUGGUUUUUAUUUGUCAAUCAAAGUACAAUAUCAUCGAUUCUCGUUCUGCUCCUACAACGAAUAAUACGAUAUAUUCUCGAGCUCCAUUAUCAACUUCAAAACGUCCGUUACUCUAUCGUACAACAUCAACUGAACGAGAUGAUCGUUUAGAAACGACAUCUGAACGUCCUUUACGAUCAUCAUCUUUACAACGUCCAGCAUGUUAUCUACCAGCUUUAGAUCGUAUUUAA